AUGAAUACCUAUUCCAUCGCGGAGUUCCGAGAAAAUGCGGAAAGGCGGAUCGUCGAUGCGAUUGUCAAAGAGUUAUCGGACACCGUCUGCGCCGCGUCUACCGACCCAGAUCUUAAGCAUGAAGACUCGCGGGACACCCUGGCCUUGCGCGUGUACGAACUGUCGGCCAACCAUUACCGUACAUUGGACGGCAUGCAACAGCGACAGUGGAGGGAUAGCGUGAAGCGCGCAAUCCUGCGUGCAUUAGACAUACCAGAGGAGAUUUCUAACCUGAACAUGAGCGAAUGCGUGAGCUUUCACGUCGCAAUGGACGCAAUAUUCACCACAAACUUCAGUGCGCCAUACAUCGCGCUUGUUGCUCAGGAGUGGGCACCACUUGGGGAGAGGCGUAUGAGACUAGAGAAGCGAGUGUUCCAGCAACGCAACGAGGGGCUCCUAUCGUUCUCAGGCUUCCGAAAGACGCUCUCGCGCGGAACUAUCUUACUCUCCAUCGAUUUCGAAUGGCUGAACAGCGGGAAGGAUAUCACCCUUCUCGAAGCCGGCUUUGCUCGUUGGGAUAUACAAAAGGAAGAGUUGGCCUGCACGCACCAUGCAAGCACAGAUCAAUGGAUGAGCGUCCGUCGGUUUUCAAAUGAUAAGGUGCACCAUCCCACUACCUUUCAGUACGGUGAAAAAACCGUCGUACAUGCGGACUACGACGCUUUUGCGCGCGGCAUUUGCGGCGAGAUCGAAAGCGCUGGCCAAUCUGCAGCCGAACGCGGUGGCAAGCUUGUCAUCGUCUUAUGGUCUGGCACCUACGAUCAAAGGCACGUCCCGAUGCUACGCACGUUUUCUCGAACGUGGUUUGUUGAGCUCUAG